AUGAAACUGUUCGAUCUAAUAUCGGUACUCGGUGCCUCUUCCUUGUUAUCUACAUUUACUGCUGCCGACAGUACUACUUCUACUAGCACAGACAGUUCGGCCACGGUUUCUAGCGCCGCUUCGUGCAACCCACUGACGACUACAGGUUGUACACCCGAUACAGCUCUGGCAACUAGCUUUAGUGAAGAUUUUUCGUCCUCAUCCAAGUGGUUCACCGAUUUGAAGCAUGCAGGUGAGAUAAACUACGGUAAAGAUGGAUUGUCGAUGACGUUAACAAAAAGGUACGAUAACCCAAGUUUGAAAUCUAACUUCUACAUAAUGUAUGGUAAGUUGGAAGUCAUCUUGAAAGCGUCUAGUGGUACCGGUAUCGUUUCAUCAUUCUACUUGCAGAGUGACGAUUUAGAUGAAAUUGACAUUGAAUGGGUCGGCGGUGACAAUACCCAAUUCCAAUCCAACUUCUUUUCGAAAGGUGAUACCACAACUUACGACAGGGGUCAAUUCCACGGUGUCGACACUCCUACGGAUAAAUAUCAUAACUAUACCUUAGAUUGGGCCAUGGACAAGACAACUUGGUAUCUCGACGGGGAAUCUGUCAGAGUGCUAUCGAACACAUCAAGUGAGGGUUACCCACAGUCCCCAAUGUACCUCAUGAUGGGUAUCUGGGCCGGUGGUGACCCAGACAACGCUCCCGGUACCAUUGAAUGGGCCGGAGGUGAGACUAAUUAUGAUGACGCUCCAUUCAGCAUGUAUAUCGAAAAGGUCAUUGUAACUGAUUACUCUACCGGUAAAAAAUACACUUAUGGUGACAAAUCCGGUUCUUGGGAAUCUAUCAACGCUGAAGACGGUUCUAUUUAUGGUAGAUACGACCAAGCACAAGAAGAUUUUGCAGUUUUGGCUAACGGCGAUAGUAUUUCCAGCAGCUCUACGUCCUCUUCAAUAACAUCUUCAUCGAUUGCGACCUCCUCAUCUUCCUCUGCUACGUCUUCACCUUCCUCAUCCUCUACACCCUCAUCCUCUGUUGAAACCUCAUCCUCUGUUAAAUCCUCAUCAUCCUCUGUUAAAUCCUCAUCAUCUUCUGUUAAAUCCUCAUCAUCUUCUGUUAAAUCCUCAUCAUCUUCUGUUAAAUCCUCAUCAUCCUCUUCCCCUGCUACAUCUUCAUCCCUCGCUGCCUCAUCAUCUAAAACAUCUGCUUUCUCAUCAACUGCUGCAUCUGGUUCCAUUAGCUCAUCUAGCAAGCAAUCGACAACUUCAACCGAAAAGGAGGUUGCUUCUUCCUCUACAGAUAAAUCCACAACUUCUUCUACUCCUAAAACAUCUGCCAUUGCUCCAUCUUCCAGUAGGUUCACUGUUGCUCCAACCACUCAACAGUCAUCCACAGCAUCAGACGGUCCUGCACAAGAUAAGGAUGGUGUUGCAACAUCAGGUAAAGACGUGGCUACUUCAACUACUCAAAUCUCCAGCGAGCACACAUCUAAGAUCGAAAGUUCUACCUCCGAAGGCGGCUCUACUUACUCCGUUCAAGUCGCCAACGGUGCCAAGCUGGCUCAGGGCUUGCCAAGAGAGGGCAAACUUUUUUCCUUAUUCCUCACAGCUUUAUUAGCUUUACUAUGA